AUGGGGAACAAUUUGAAAAGGGUUACUAUUGUUGAUAUUCAGCUUCUGGUUUUCAUAGUCUUAGUCUUGUUUAGGAUUUCAACUUCAGAAAAUCUACCAGCAAAUUUUGUAUUUGGAGAUUCUCUUGUUGAUGUAGGAAACAACAAUUACAUAAUUUCUCUCUCAAAGGCUAAUUUUUUGCCUAAUGGUAUUGAUUUCGGAAGACCAACAGGAAGAUUCACCAAUGGAAGAACCAUAGUUGAUAUCAUUGGUCAGGAAUUGGGUUUUGGCUUCACCCCGCCUUAUUUGGCACCUACAACAAGUGGACCGGUGAUUUUGAGGGGUGUCAACUAUGCCUCUGGUGGGGGUGGAAUUCUCAAUUCCACUGGACAAGUCUUUGGUGGUCGACUCAACAUGGAUGCCCAGAUAGAUAAUUUUGCGAAUACUAGACAUGACAUAAUUUCCUACAUAGGUGUUCCCGUGGCUCUCAAUCUAUUCCAAAAGGCAUUGUUUUCGGUCACAAUUGGUUCAAAUGAUUUCAUUAAUAACUACUUGACACCAGAAGUCACAUUUUCUGAGUACAAAAUAGAUUCUCCAGAACUCUUUGUGAGCACCAUGAUAUCAAAACUCAGAACACAACUCACUAGGUUAUUUAAUCUAGGAGCUAGAAAAAUUGUUGUAGCAAAUGUGGGGCCAAUUGGGUGCAUACCAAAUCAGAGGGAUUCACAUCCAGCUGAAGGAGAUAAUUGUGUCACUUUCCCUAAUCAACUAGCUUAUUUAUUUAACACACAAUUAAAGGGUCUAAUUGCAGAACUCAACUCAAAUUUAGUUGGUUCAAUAUUUGUAUAUGCAGACAUCUACCAUAUUCUAGGAGACAUACUCUUAAAUUAUGCAUCAUUUGGUUUUGAUGAUCCUUCUUCUGCUUGUUGCAACAUGGCUGGGAGAUUUGGAGGUUUGAUCCCUUGUGGUCCUACCUCAAAAGUUUGUUGGGAUAGAUCAAAAUAUGUGUUUUGGGACCCUUAUCAUCCUUCUGAUGCUGCAAAUGUUGUCAUCGCCAAGCGCCUCCUAGACGGUGGUUCAACUGAUAUUUCGCCGAUGAACAUUCGCCGACUCUUUCGAUCUUAACUUGUUUUUAAAUGUUAGAAAUUGAUGUUUUGCUGAAA